AUGUUCGGUUCGGACGUCCGGACCGAGCGCGUUGUCUUUGCCCUCUCGGCCUGUCAAAAACUCGACCGAUUUUCAAUCGUACGUCACUGUCAAAAAGCGCGCCAUUUCGUUGCUAUUUUUUUCCGCACUCGGACGGCCGCGAUGCGCACCAAUUCCCCCGCAUACCUGAAACUGUGGCGGGACAUCUUCGUGGGGCUGAGCGGGCUUGCAUCACGGUCACAUGUCCGCAUGUUAGGACGCACGCGCGCGCGGCGAUUGCUGGCCGAUUACUGGCGCACGGCGAUACUAGCGUACGGUCAGCGCCCGACGCAUCCCCAU